GUUUUAGUACUUUGUAGUUAUACGUCUUAUGUAGUCACGAGAUUAAUUCUGAAGUGUUGGCAACUUGUUAAUUUGACACCUUGGAGUAAGGUUAUGUUUUCUUUAGCUUUACAAAGGACAGAUGUCCAAAACUGAACGCUGAUGGACCAGUUGGCCUCUGCAACACCCCUUAUUGUGGCAAAAUCGCAAACUUCGUUUAUGUUAGAGCUACUGAAUUGUGCAUUUUAAACUGUCAUGUUAUGAUUGUCAAAAUUUCAAAGUGUAAUGGAUACUUACAUCAUAUUGAGGUGCCUUCUGCUAGGACUGACAGCUAUUUUGGGGGACAAACUUGUUCAAGUGAAUCAGCAUGACGAUAUGAAGAGAGCUCUUUGUGACAAUAUGACACAUGCUGUGAUAGGAUUUCUCACUUGGAUAAGUGUGCAUUGCAAUCUAGGUAAAGGAGCAUUCUCAAGUGGUAGAGUACUUGCUCAGUGCAUUUUGUGCGCCCUGAUUUCAUCGGCCAUUGAUGUGGAUCACUUUAUCUCAGCCCGAUCGUUUCAUCUGAAGGAUGCUACAAAACUAUCAAGACGGCCGUUUCUCCACUGCUCUACUUUGCCAUUAGUGCUGUUUAUUUCAUUAUUAGUUUUAGCCCAUUAUUUACGCAAUACCAACAUUGAAAUUUUUGGUUGGGUACUUUUGGCGGCCUUCAUGAGUCACCACGUACGUGAUGCUGCACGACGUGGAUUUUGGCUUUGGCCUUUUGGCUCUACCGUGCCUCUUGGUACAGGACUGUAUUUGAUCAUUACUGUAUUAUUUCCAUUCCUUCUUAGUUUUGGCAUAAUUCAUACUAAUAGCCGUUUAUUAAGGUCACAAUACCACAGUGAAAGUGUACUAAUUAUUUGACGGGAGGAAUGAUAUGUGAAAAAGGGUCCAGUAUAAAUAGUAAAGAAAUGAUUUUCAAUUUUGAUACCAACAAAAUUUUUUUAGUGUAUGGUAUGGUCUUAUAAGAGUUGACGCACAAAUAAAUUUUAUUCCAAUGUU